GCGAGUCCUGCCAUAUGUUGGCCAGAUUGGCCUCCGUCGACUUAGCCGUUACUUCCUCCCGCCAAAAGAAACGGAACCCGGGAACCAUGCCUCUCCUCCAUUCGCUCCAUCUCCCAACCCUCUGCUCCUCCCAAAACCCUAACUCCAACCCCAAAUCGCCUCCUCCUUCUUCUCCACACCCUCCUCUCCUCCUACGAUUCCGCCCUUCGCGGCGCCAGAAGAUCCAAUACCUAAAAACCCUCGGCGUCGACACUUCCUCUUCAUCCUCCUCCUCGAUGGAAACCCUCGAUUGGAUCCUUUCCAUCGUCGACUACCUCAAAUCCAAAGGCUUCUCCGACUCCCAUUUCCCCCGGCUCUCCUUCCUCUGCCCCAGAAUCUUCUCCUCGGCCGACAUCGAUCGCACCCUAGCCCCUGUCUUUGCCUUCCUGGCGACCGACCUCUCAGCCGAUCCCGAACAAGCUCGUGAUCUCAUCCUCCGCUGCCCUGAGCUCCUUGUCUCCAACGUUGAGUAUCGACUUCGGCCAACCCUUCAAUUCCUCCUCGAGCUGGGGCUCAAGAACCUCAACUCGCCCACCAAUCUCCAUGCCCACCUCCUCAAUACCCCCAUUGAGAAGCUUGUCUCCAAGAUCAGAUUUUUACAGAGUCUGGGGUUUUCUUACGAGGAGUCUGCUGGUCUUUGUGCCCGUUGUCCAGCAAUCUUUGGCUACGAUGUGGAAAAUAACCUGAGACCUAAGAUCGAGUACCUGGUGAACGAUAUGGGGAGGUCGGUGGUUGAGCUGAAGAAGUUUCCACAGUACUUUGCUUUCAGUUUGAAGAAGAGGAUAGUUCCGAGGCAUUUGCAUUUGAAGCAGAGGGGCAUUCAAAUUGCAUUGCAGAGGAUGCUGUUGUGGAGCGAUGAGCGGUUUUAUGCUAAAUGGAAGUGAAGCAUGUCAAGGCGGUGACUCUAACAUGGAACAUGUGAACAUUUUAUCAGCUUAAACAGUGUAAGGAGAGGAAUAGAACAUAAGUAGGGACCCCAAUUCCGGAAACAAUGAUCCCAGGAUGUAGCUGCCUCCCAGCACAAGCAGAUCUCCAUAUAUCCCAGCUACCACACUACAGAAACAGCAUAGAAAAGGCUGGUACCAUCUCCAUGUUAGGCUAUUGUCCUCGUUCCUUUAUAAAGGCAACUGCCUUCAUACAAUAUAAUAGCAACAGCAAUUAGCACCUUGAUGAUGCAAUUUGUCUGAUGUGUAAUCUUCCAUAAUAUGUAUGUGUCAUGGAGAAGUGUUAAACAUAAAUUUUUAUUAAUCUGGUGGCUGAUACUUCAAAUACUCA